AUGGCCUCGAAUACUUCGUUAUUAGGGCGUAGGAGAGUAUCAUAUUCCUCUACCGCUCCACCACGAUUCAAAAGAUCAGUCGACCAGCGUGAUAUUUUCUCGGACAAUUUUGAUUAUGACAAAGAUUCAUCCAGCCGAGGCAGGACCUAUGUUACAACAUCGAUUCCAACUUCUGGAGCAUGCCCAACGAACAACUCAAGAUUGGAAUGCACUAAUAGUACAAAUAAUAACGACAGCGUUGACGACAACGGUAGAGUGUUUGAAACUGUGCCUUAUUACUUGCCCUGCUUUUCAUGGCUUCCUGAGUAUACGUUCAAUAAAUUGUGGGGUGACAUAAUUGCAGGUAUCUCACUAGCGUCAUUUCAGAUACCACUUGCGCUAUCGUACACAACUUCAAUUGCACAUGUCCCACCUUUAUGUGGAUUAUAUUCUUUGGCUAUUAGCCCAUUCGUGUAUGGUGUUCUAGGAUCCGUCCCUCAGAUGAUAGUUGGGCCUGAAAGUGCAAUUUCCUUGGUUGUGGGGCAAGCAGUCGAGUCUAUAACGCUACAUAAAGACAAUGUUUCUCUAAUUGAUAUUUCAACAGUUAUAACAUUUGUUAGUGGCGCUAUUCUACUUUUUUCUGGCAUUUCCAGAUUCGGUUUCCUUGGCAAUGUUCUUAGUAAGGCACUUCUACGAGGCUUUAUAAGUUCAGUGGGACUGGUUAUGAUUAUCAACUCACUGAUUUCUGAAUUAAAGCUAGACAAAUUUUUAGUAAGCUUGCCUCAACAUUAUCAUACCCCUUUCGAAAAAGUACUCUUCCUUAUUGAUUAUGCGCCAGCACAAUACCACAUGCCAACGGCGGUAUUCAGCGGAUGUUGCUUGAUUAUCCUCUUCGCAACGCGUCUAUUAAAGAGGAAAUUAAUGAAAUACCACAAGAGUGCAAUAUUUUUUCCAGACAUAUUAUUAGUGGUAAUUGUCACUAUCCUUAUUUCAAUGAAAUUUGAUUUAAAACACAGAUAUGGUAUAACUAUAAUUGGGGACUUCAGUAUGGAUAACCUUGAUGAAUUAAAAAACCCUUUGACUCACCCCAGGCGUAAGCUAAUACCAGAUCUCUUUAGCGCAUCCCUAAUUGUGGCAAUGUUGGGUUUUUUUGAAUCUACUACCGCGUCGAAAUCUCUUGGAACAACUUACAACCUUACAGUUUCCUCUAAUAGAGAGCUAGUAGCUUUAGGAUUUAUGAAUAUUGUCAUCUCAUUAUUCGGUGCUCUUCCCUCAUUCGGUGGAUAUGGAAGGUCCAAGAUUAACGCCCUAUCAGGGGCCCAAAGCGUAAUGUCGGGAGUGUUUGUGGGUGUUAUCACCUUAAUCACGAUGAAUUUACUUCUUCAAUUCGUACACUACAUUCCCAAUUGUGUCUUGUCCGUCAUUACAACCAUAAUCGGGAUUAGUUUGUUAGAGGAAGUACCCGGCGACAUAAAGUUCCAUUUGAGAUGUGGCGGCUUUAAUGAAAUAUUCGUUUUUGCUGUUACCUUCUGUAUCACAAUAUUUUACUCAAUUGAAGCUGGAAUAUGCAUCGGAUGCGUCUAUUCAAUUAUAAAUAUAAUAAAACAUUCAGCAAAGUCAAGAAUCCAAAUUUUGGCCAGAAUAGCAGGAACGUCGAACUUUACAAAUCUUGACGACUACUUGAUGAAUAUGAAGAGGAACCCUUUAGAUGUUGAAGGCACGGAAGAGAUUGAGGGAUGCAUGAUUGUCAGGAUACCGGAGCCUCUCACAUUUACAAACAGCGAAGAUUUAAAGCAGAGGCUUGACAGAAUAGAGAGAUAUGGUUCGUCUAAGAUACAUCCUGGAAGGAGAUCUUUUCGCUCGAAGGAUUCCAUAAAAUACAUCAUUUUCGAUCUAGGCGGAAUGACCUCAAUAGAUUCCUCAGCCGCCCAGGUGCUGGAUGAAAUUAUUACUAGUUAUAAAAGGCGCAACGUCUUUAUUUAUCUCGCAAAUGUGUCCAUAAAUGAUAAGGUAAGAAGGCGAUUGUUGAAAGCAGGCGUAGCCCCUAAUGUGGAAAGAGCGCAACAAAGUACUAACGAAAAUAAUACUAGUAAUGCAUGCAUUGAUGCGGAAGAACCGUAUUCCCAAUACUUCGAUAGUAUUGAUGCGGCUCUUUAUGAGGUUGAAAAAAUGAAAACUAAAGGAAACAACGUUCUGAACAAUGAUUCAGAGAGUUUUAUGUCUAAUACUUUAUUUAAUUCAAGCCUAGUGUAG